GCAGAGCGAAAAAUAUGCGCUUCAAAGCGAAAAUAGCAUCAAUCGGAGUACAUCCAAAGAUAAGGAAGAUAAAAAGCGCGUGUCAAAUGAUCGUUCAAACUAAUUAGAGUAAAAAAUGUAAAUAUAAACUAGCAUGACUCCUCCAAAAAGAAAUAAUCAAUGGUGCGUGCCAUCAUUUGACUGUGAAAUUGUAAAUGAGCCUUUGGUCAAGCGUACUAAUACAAGAGAAUUAAAUAAGAGUCUGUCGAACACAUCAUUCACGCAGAACAAUUUCAAAAGAAGAAAACAUGAAACUUGCUUAUCGAAAUUACUUGAGGCUUGUGAACCUCAAAAACUUUCUGAGUUGGCAAUUAGCCGACAGAAACAAAAUGAAAUUUCCAAUUGGUUUCAGUAUAAAGCAUCAAAAAGGCAGCCUUCAAUGUUAGUUCUCUCUGGCCCUUCCGGUUGUGGAAAAACUGUAGCUAUAAAGUUACUUGCCAAAGAAAAUGGAUUCGACAUUAUUGAAUGGAUUACUCCGAUUGAUCAAAUCGAGGAUGAAAAUAAACGCGUGAUGCGGCAAGGGGAUAAAUUCGAGGAUCACGUAAUUCGCGCAACGCGUUACCGCACAGUACUCGGCAAUUAUUCCAAGCAAUUGCUUCUCGUUAAGGAUCUUCCAAAUGUUUAUCAAGAGGAUCACAAAGGCUUUUUUACACUCGUAGAAAAAUAUUUCCAGAUAGGCAAGGAACCUGUGAUAUUUGUUUGCACAGAGACCGGAAAUUCUAGACUGAUGCAGACCUUAUUCGCACCUAAUGUAAGAGAAAAGUUUGGUAUCGAUCUCAUCAACGUAAAUGCAGCUACACAAACCGCGGUAAAAAAUAUAUUGAAACGAGUAUCCGGUGUAUUAAAUGCCAUCGCCGCCGAUAUGUUGUAUGUCUCUCAGCAGCACAUCGACGAAAUAUUGUCCAAUAGCGUUGGAGAUGUACGCAGUGCCGUUUUAAAUCUAAUUUUCAUUUCUCUCAAAGUGCCCGAGCAACAUUUGAAGAGCGAAUGCGGCGUGCGAGAAGAAACUUUGGGUCUACUGCACGGCGUCGGAAGAGUCAUAAAUCCCAAAAAACAAUCAGACGGCGAUUCUACCAAGUAUGUGCAUGAUCCUGAAGAAAUAUCGGCAUUCUUCCAGUCACAGUCAGUGGUAUUUGUGCAAUUUCUACAAGAGAAUUAUCUAAACACUAUAAGAACUAUAGAAGAAGCUACUGUAGCAUCCGAUAUCUUGAGUUUGGCCGAUGUUUUAAAUUCAGAAUGGCGUGAUCGCAAUUUGGGUAAAGUUGCACUAUCAUAUUGCAUCCGUGGCUUGAUGUUGGCAAAUGAAAAGCCUGUAACUGGCUGGAAUCCAGUGAAAAAACCGCGAGACGAUCAUAGUAACAUGUAUAACUAAUAGAGCAGACAGCGAUGCCUGAUAACAGCAGAAACACGAUGGUAUGAAUCAAUCAUUAAACCUUGCUUGAAGAAAAUGAACGAAAUGUCAAUAGUAAAUGAAGAUGAAGAUAUGGAAAUAAUUAUUGAAGAAGAUUAA